AUGUCUUGGUUAUCUUUUGCUUCAUUCCUGGUGCUAUUGAUAAACGGUAAAGCAGUAGAGGAUCAUUGUCCAGAGAGAUGCCUAUGCUACAAAGGAUUGAUUGAUUGCCAUCGGCAGUCAUUGCUUGCCGUACCUCGACAUUUACCACCAAAUACUACUGUAUUAGAUCUGCGAAAUAAUCGCUUGAUGAAGAUUUCCAAGAACGACUUCAAGAAUUUGGAGAAAUUAGAACUUUUAUUGAUUUCAUGGAAUCGGAUUCAUGAGACAUUGGAUGGAACUUUGAAGCUUAGAAAGUUAUUGUUGACAGGGAACCGUUUGGAAUCAAUUCCAAUGUUCAGUUCCCGCUAUCUCACCAAUCUUCAUCACAUCGAUUUAUCAAUUAACAGUAUUAGUUACAUUGAGCAGCAGCUGUUAUGGAAUGUGCCAAAUCUUCAAGUGUUAAAUUUAGCCGAUAAUGCUAUUCAGACACUCCCAAAACACUUUUUUGACUAUUCAAAGAGGCUCAAAACACUCAUUCUAAGCGAUAAUCCACUGAACUGCGAUUGCAGGUGGUUACCAAUAGCUGACUUUAUCAGUCAACGAUGCAGUAUGUCACCGAUGUGUCACAAUCCGGAUACACUUCGUCGACGACGAUUCUCAUCACUCAAAAAUAACGAUCUACAAUGCUUCGGAGUAAAACUGGCAGAUAAUAACCGUAGUGCUAAAUGUGAAGUUGACGAAGCACCAAUUACUUUCAUCUACAAAAGAGAAAAAUUGGAUAAUGAUACGAAAGGGAUCAAAAUACUACCAAAUGGUAUAAUUUCGUUAAAUUCUGAUGUUUCAUUGGGUGAAUUGCAAUGCGCCAUCGAUUACAAUACAACUUUCAUACGCAAAUCUCGUCUUCCACGUCAGAUUCUUGAUGCUCCUUCUGCACCGAAAUUUACCCUGAAACCGAAAGACCGUUCAUAUCGUGAAGGAACCACUGUUCGGCUUGACUGUGAGGUAACUGGUAAGCCUCGACCCUUUAUAACCUGGUAUUUUAAUGGCAAAAAGUUAAAAAGAUCUCGGAAGUAUGAAAUGAAUCUUGAGCAGACCAGUUUGAACAUUCAUCCCUUCUUGGAAAGAGAUGUUGGAAAAUAUACUUGCAUUGCGGAGAAUGCAUAUGGACGAAUUGAAACUUCAGCUGAAGCUCAUCUUGUUUCCAGCUCGCCACCUGUUAUUACAGAAAGUCCAGAAGAUCAGAAAGUAUUAGCGGGUUCAACCGUAACGUUUCGUUGCCGAGCUGACGGUGAACCUCAUCCAUUUAUUACAUGGUUUCUCAAUGGUGGUGAAAUAUCAGUAUUGAAAGGACAUUUUCGCGUAUCAGAUGAUGAAAUGGAAUUGACCAUUUCGCGAGUUACGAAACGUGAUGAGGGUGUGUAUUCAUGUAUGGCCGGUAAUACAGUUGGUUCGAUGAUUGCUGAAGCUCGUUUACUGAUUGAUCAGAAUCGAAUUCAAGAUAAACCAAUGAAUGAUCAUUUUAUCCAUGAUAUAUUCCAGCAAGCAUCGCAGAACGUUGAUAGUGCUAUCGAACAAACACGUGAAAAACUGUCAAAAAUAACUGACCCACGUGAGCUUUUGCGAUGGUUUCAGUUUUCAUUUCCUCAAGCAAUAGAACUUAGUCGUGCACGAGAAAUAUAUGAGGAAAGCAUACGUCUUAUCCAGAAGCAUGUCGAAAAAGGUCUGACAUUGCCUCUCAGUGAACUUCCAUCGAACAUUUCAUAUGACUCUGUUCUUGCCAAAUCUCAUGUUGACAUGCUAGUGCAACUAGCUGGUUGCUCGCGAGCGCAAACUCAAGAUCCUUGCGAUGAUCAGUGCUUCCACUCACGUUACAGAACUUAUGAUGGGCAGUGCAACAAUGAAAUCCACAUUAUGUGGGGUGCAAGUCAAACGCAUUUCCGACGCUUAUUACCGCCAAUAUAUGAAAAUGGUUUCAAUACGCCAGUUGGAUGGAAUCCGGACAAGUUAUAUUUCGGUUAUCGCAAGCCUAAUGCACGCAGCGUAUCCAAUAAGCUUCUUGGAACUGACCAUAUCACUCCGCACAAAACUUAUUCGGCAAUGUUAAUGCAGUGGGGACAAUUUAUUGAUCAUGAUUUGGACUUUAUUGCAACGGCAGUUAGUCGUCAAGCAUUUGCUACGGGUGCCAUUUGUAAUCGGACCUGCGAACAGCUCAACCCGUGUUUCAAUAUACCGCUGACACAUGAUGAUCCACGAAUGCUUGCGAAUCCGCAAUAUCCGUGUAUUGAAUUCGAACGUUCGAGUGCAGUAUGUGGUUCCGGUGAAACGUCACUCAUUUAUCGUCAUGUUACUUAUCGUGAACAAAUGAACACUAUUACAAGCUACAUUGAUGCUUCGGGGAUAUACGGCAGCACAGAAGAAGAUGCGUACGAUUUGCGUGAUUUGAGUCCGGAUCGAGGUUUAUUGAGAUAUGAUAUGGUGUCAUCAACGAAUAAGCCUUACCUGCCAUUUGAACGCGAUUCAUCAGUUGAUUGUCGACGAAAUAGGACUUUGGAUUAUCCAGUGCGAUGUUUUCUGGCUGGAGAUUUUAGAGCUAAUGAACAGCUAGGAUUAACGACUAUGCAUACAAUUUUCAUGCGAGAGCAUAACAGACUGGCAGUCCAAAUUGCCAACUUAAAUCCUAAUCUCGACGGUGAAACGGUUUUUCAUGAAACUCGAAAAAUUGUUGGCGCCGAAUUGCAACAUAUCACAUUUCACUAUUGGUUGCCAAAAGUCCUCGGAGAAAAGCAAUUUGAUAAGUUGAUUGGUGCAUAUAAAGAAUAUCAGCCAUUACUGGAUGCUACUAUAUCAAACGCUUUUGCGACAGCAGCAUUUCGCUUUGGGCAUACAUUAAUCAAUCCGGUCCUUUAUAGACUUGACGAAAACUUAGCAUCAAUUAAAGAAGGACAUAUACCUUUGAAAGAUGCAUUCUUUGCACCGGAAAUUUUAUUGUCAACGGGAAGUGUUGAUCCAUAUCUGCGUGGGUUGUUUGCCACACCGAUGAAAAAGCCACUAUCGAAUGAGUUACUGAAUGAUGAACUCACUGAGAAUCUAUUCAAUAGAGCGCAUGAAGUAUCACUGGAUUUGGCUGCGAUUAAUAUACAACGAGGUCGUGAUCACGCUCUUCCUGGGUAUGUUGAAUUCAGGAGAUGGUGUAACCUAUCAGCAGUAGAAAAUUGGGACGAUUUGAAGAAUAUAAUACCACGCGAAGUCAUUUACAAGUUGAAAAAUUUAUAUGGUCAUCCAGGUAAUAUCGACUUGUUCGCUGGUGGUAUUGCAGAAGAACGACUCGAUGGAGCAUUAGUUGGUCCAACAUUUUCAUGUAUCAUUGCUGAACAGUUCAGACGCGUACGUGAUGGUGAUAGAUUUUGGUACGAAAAAGAGGGUGUAUUCAACAAAGCUCAAAGGGAUGAGAUAAAAAAGGUAUCAUUGGCUCGAAUUAUUUGUGAUAAUGCUGAUAAUAUCACUAAUGUACAAAAUGACGUUUUCGUAUUCGUCGGCAGACAUCUUCAAUCCUACAACUCUUGUGCAGAUAUCCAAAAAUUGGAUUUAAAACCAUGGCAGUUUUGUUGUUAUCAUUUGUGUCCGAUAGGACGCAAUCGAUACAGAAGAAUAUAUAGGCUACGGUAA